UGAAUGAAUCUAUCUACAUGAAAUAGCAAAUAUUAUCAAAACGUCAAAAAAUUUAAUUGCGUUAUUGAACCCUGGAACGAUUUACUGCCAGCUGGGUAAUUUUUAGGUUAUGGGAAAUUGGAAAUUGUAAUAUCAUAUAAAAGAUAUUAAAAAUGAAAAUUUAUACAAAUAAAAACAACACUUCCACUCUGAAGCUAUUAAUAGCGGCAAAUUUAGCCGGAAAAAGUGUUACCUUGGAAGAGGCCAGUUUUGAAGAUGUAUUCGCAGGGCCACGCCAACUACCGCUGCUUGAGGUGGACCCAGAGCUCAGCUUCUUCUCAAGCAAUGCUGCCACGCAGUAUCUAUUCCCCAUUUUAGAUUUGUCUGAGGAUGGGCAGUGUCAACAAUUGCAAGAAUGGGAAGCAACUCGUCUGCAGCCAGCCAUAGCUGCUGUGGUAUCAUCUAAGACAGUGCCCUCAGAUCUCAAACAAGCACUCCAAGCGUCUUUACAAACUGUGGAUGCUCUAUUACAGAAGCACAAGUAUUUGCUCGGCGAGAAGCUGUCAGCAGCCGACAUUGCGAUAUGGAGUACAUUGUAUCCGCUGCAGCACAAUAAUGAUCUCAAACAACAGUAUAUGAAUGAUUUUGUAAACUUGGCACGGUGGGGCCAAGAACUAGCAGCUGCUAAGGCUGUGCAGGAAGCAGUAAAGCAGUGGGGUGGAUCUCCUGAAGGUCCGUUCGGGGCGUCAUCAGCCCUCGGCAUUCCGCAAGUGGCGAGCCUGGCCUCGCCAAUUAGGUCACCCGAAGAUGGUGUUGCGACUGAGGCAGGUCCAACGCCGGAAGAGGUGGAAGCGGCGAAGGAGAAUUGGCUCAACGGACUUAAAAACCUCCAGGAACCACUACCAGAAGCGAAGAUAGUAUUACCAAUAAAAGGCCGUAAGAACAUGUUAGUAACGGCGGCGCUGCCGUACGUGAACAACGUGCCGCAUCUCGGCAAUAUUAUCGGGUGUGUGCUCUCCGCCGAUAUAUUUGCAAGGUAUUGUCGAUUGUGUGACUACAACACUUUAUUCGUUUCCGGCACAGACGAGUAUGGAACAGCCACUGAAACGAAGGCGUUGGAGGAGGGUCUGACGCCGCGUCAGAUCUGCGACAAAUACUUCGACAUUCACAACUCGGUGUACCGGUGGUUCAACAUCGGCUUCGACUACUUCGGACGCACGAGCACCGACGAGCAGACAUUAAUAGCACAACAGAUGUUCCUCAAAUUGAGAGAGAACGGGUUCAUCAGCUCACAGUCAGUGGAUCAGCUUCUUUGUCAAAACUGCGACAGGUUUUUGGCUGAUAGGUUCGUGGAGGGCACGUGUCCGCACGCGGGCUGCGCGUACGAGUCUGCGCGGGGCGACCAGUGCGACAAGUGCGGCAAACUCAUCAACGCCACGGAGCUGCUGCAGCCGCGGUGCAAGCUCUGCGGACACCAGCCCACAAUCAAACCCAGCGAGCAGCUGUUCAUAGAACUUGGACAGCUCGAGCCGUCAAUAAGAACUUGGAUAUCGACAGUGGAAAAGGACUGGUCGCCGUCCGCCAGGGCCGUCGCCAGGUCGUGGCUGCGGGAGCCGCUGCGCGCCAGGGCUGUCACUAGGGACCUUAAGUGGGGAGUGCCUGUACCCAUAGAAAAAUACAGUAAUAAGGUGUUUUACGUAUGGUUCGACGCGCCCAUCGGUUACAUGAGUAUAACACAAUCUGCCACUAAACAAUACGAGAAAUGGUGGAAACCGGAUAAAGACUGUGAAGUAACAUUAUGCCAAUUCAUGGCGAAGGACAACGUACCAUUCCACGCGGUGAUGUUCCCCGCGACGCUACUCGGAGUCAACGAGGGACACGUGCUAGUCAAACAUCUGUACGCCACAGAAUAUCUGAAUUACGAGGAGAGCAAGUUCUCGAAAUCGCGAGGUGUGGGCGUUUUCGGAACCGAUGCACAGGAAACGGGCAUCCCUUCGGACGUGUGGCGCUUCUACCUCGCCAGCAUACGACCAGAAACCUCCGACUCGAGCUUCAGUUGGACCGAACUUGGAACAAGAAACAACUCGGAGCUGCUGAACAACCUGGGCAACUUCUGCCACCGGUCGUUGAGUUUCUGCGCGAACACGUUCAAGGGCCGCGUGCCCGACCUCACGCUCACGCACGCGGACUACGAACUGAUAGCACUCGUCAAUAGGGAGAUAGUUGCGUACGUGCAGCACAUGGAGAAGGGCCGACUGAGAGACGCGCUGCGACACGUGCUAUCGAUAUCGCGCCUCGGCAACCACCACAUGCAGGCCGAACAACCUUGGGUGUUGCUCAAGGGAUCUGAUGAGGACAAAGAGCGCGGCGGCGCGGCCAUCGCGCUGUGCUGCCAGCUCGUCGCGCUCGUGUGCGCCGCGCUCGCGCCCUUCGCGCCCGACGCCGCGCGCCGCCUGCGCGCGCAGCUCGGCCUGCCCGCCAGCGCGCUGCGGAUCAACCCCGCAAAUCCAUCGCUGAUCCAAUAUUUGCCGCCUGGUCACGUGAUCGGCAAACCGGAGCCUCUUUUCGCGAAAAUCGAACAAGAUCUAUUGGAUAAACUGCGUGCCAAGUACGCUGGCACGCAGAGCGAGCGGGCGAAUAAGGAGAAUGGCUCUGCCCAAGGUGGUUCAAAUUCAGUAGCCGAUCUCGAAAAGGCUGUUGCGGCACAGGGCGAGACAGUGCGAAAACUCAAAGCGUCAACGAAAGACAAGACCGUGUGGCAGCCGGAGGUGAACAAACUGUUGGAGCUGAAGAAACAGCUCGCAGCGGCCCAGAGUCAGGCGCAAGCUGCGCCGGCGCCGACCCAAGUCAACGGCGCUGGCGAUGUUGCCAGCUUAGAGAAAGCUAUUGCCGAACAGGGCGAUAAAGUGCGACAACUCAAAGCUUCAACAAAAGACAAGGCAGUAUGGCAACCAGAAGUGGAUAAACUGUUGAGUUUGAAGAAACAACUCGCUGCGGCGCAGGCCCAGGGCGCCAGCUCAUCCAACGCGCCGGCCGAAGAUGCUGCUAGCCUUGAAAAAGCUAUAGCUGAACAGGGCGAUAAAGUGCGAAAGUUGAAGGCGUCGACCAAAGAUAAGGCGGUGUGGCAGCCAGAGGUGAAUGUGCUGCUCGACCUGAAAAAACGGCUCGCCGCGCUGCAGACAAGCAAAUAAAUUAUUUAUUCAUCCAUA